AUGAGGAGCCCAGAGCUGCGGAGCGAGCGAGGGGUUUCCCGGGCGGGUGGGGUAGGGUUGGGAUGGAGGGGACGCGAGGCGGGGGGGGGGGGGGGGGGUGGGGGCGGGGCGUGGCGGCCGAGAGGCGGCAAACCGGAAAGCGCCUGGGACGUCCAAUGGCAAGGCACUGGUGUUGGUUUGGGUCCCCAGCCAAUCGAGGCGCAGCGCGGGACUUUCAAAGUCCUCCAGCCCAAUCAGGGUGCUUCUGCGUCUAUAAAGGCUACCGGCUCGCGUGCAGCUCACAGUCGUGUUUCUGCCCAGGAGAAGCGCAUCUCUGCUCCACUUGCCAUGGCCCGUACCAAGCAGACCGCCCGUAAGUCCACCGGUGGCAAGGCCCCUCGCAAGCAGCUGGCCACCAAGGCUGCCCGCAAGAGUGCUCCAGCCACAGGUGGUGUGAAGAAGCCCCACCGCUACCGCCCCGGCACCGUGGCUCUGCGAGAGAUCCGUCGCUACCAAAAGUCGACAGAACUGCUGAUCCGCAAGCUGCCGUUCCAGCGCCUGGUGCGUGAAAUCGCUCAGGACUUCAAGACGGAUCUGCGCUUCCAGAGCUCUGCCGUCAUGGCCCUGCAGGAGGCCAGCGAGGCGUACCUGGUGGGGCUGUUCGAGGACACGAACCUGUGCGCCAUUCACGCCAAGAGAGUGACCAUCAUGCCCAAGGACAUUCAGCUGGCCCGCCGCAUCCGUGGCGAGAGGGCGUAAGGCGCUGCUUUUCCCCUCGUGGAAAGUCCACACCCCAAAGGCUCUUUUCAGAGCCACCCACACUCUCACGAGAGAAGCUGUGAUCGUACCAAGUUCUCAUUCCCUUGGUUUCCCGUCACCCCUCAGUGUGGCAUGCGUGCAUAAGUUAGCUUGCGUUCGUGGGCUUGCGGCGCCCAACUGAGUGCGGGGCAGCCCCCCUUGCCCCGCAAGCCCACGAACAAGACUAGUCUUGGGAGGGACGGCCAAGAGUUAUUGUGAUUGUAGUAAUUCGCUCAACUGGUGUGGGGUUUGCGCGCGCAAACCAGUUACCUCCUCGAGUCGGGUUUUGACGUUGUUCCCCUCUGGUAGGCAGGCAGAUGGAUACUCUUGGCCCUUGGCCACUUUCGGGAAG